AUGGGUAUUGUCAGACCCCGCACACCAACCAAAUCACGCCUUGGCGUCCUUCUGGUCCGGACCGCGACGGGCACAGCUUUUGGGGGGAUCACCGCUUGGCGUGGUAAGUCAGGGCAAAGGGCUCGACAGGAGUUGAGGCAAGUCUCCCUUCUGUAUGCCCGCGAUGGUUUUGCAUCCCUGGUUUUCGGCUACGGCCCGAUACCCGGAACCAUGGCUAGUAAGGCCAAGUGGCCCCAGUUGGGCGUGCAGCCGCAAAAUCUGCAUGAGCAUGCAACCCAACUCAUAGCAGAAGCGACAGCACUGCUAGCUCUAGACAAAGGACAACGCCAGAAACUACCAGAUCAGUCACUUGAAUCCUUUCUAAACAGUGUACAAGCUUAUGCCAAGAAAUCCAGAGCAGCUCCGUCCUCCCACGAGAUCCUCGACAAGCUCAACCAAAUCCAUCACAUAGCGAAGACAACCAUCACAGACGACCUCACCCUCAUCAAGAACUCGGUCAACCAUGCUGCAACCCAGAAUACCGCUAGAAACCUCACCUGGGCUGACAGAGUCAGGUCUAGCGGAGCGACACCCCCUCCACGAGCGACACCGCCCACACAAGCAAACAGCAAGGAAAGAGAGAUCAUAGUGAAGCUACGUAACCCCGAAUCGGCCGCUCUGCUGCGACAGAAAACGCCAGGGGAGCUGCGUGAGAGAGUCAACAAUGCAAUAAAGGAACGGACAAGCACUGGAGAGCAGCCUGUUCAGGUCGUCGCUGCCAAACAGCUGAAGAGUGGAGAUAUAUCCAUCCACGCAGCAAACAUUGCAGAUGCCAACAGACUGAGGGAGGAACACAAUCAAUGGGUACAGGCCCUGGGCAGCGAAGCGAGGAUUCUCAAACCUACAUAUGGGGUCCUGGUUCACUCGGUCCGCACGGAUAAAGAGAAUAUAGAUCCCAGCCAACAGACACAGUCCAUCGAGAAGAUCCAAACAGAGAACGCGGCUAUACACCCAGGGGCGAAGGUCACAUAUGUGGGAUGGCUGACAAGGACUGGAGUAAAGAAACCGACCUCCUCCCUGGUGGUUGAAUUCACCACCAAGGAACAUGCAGACCGAGCAAUCAGAGAGGGACUAGUGCUGAAUGCCUGCUACCACCACUGUGAACUCUACGACAGAAGCUGCAAGCUGAAGCAAUGCUAUAAGUGUCAAAAAUACGGACACAUCGGAACUCAGUGCAACGCCAACGAAACAUGUGGAUACUGUGCGGAACCUCACAACACGAGGGAUUGCCGGAAGAAAGAAGAAGAUCUAAACCCCACACCCAAAUGCGCGCUCUGCAAGGGGCCGCACACGGCAUGGAGCAAUAACUGCCACAUCAGACAAGCAGAGAUAGCAAGGGUCGAACAAGCGAAGAGGAACCGUCCUUCGUACUACAUCGGACCAGACAGCCCGACCAAGGUGACACCACCCGUACCGCUGUUCGCAGGCAACACCCUGCCGAGCACCGCCGAGCGACGCAAACGCCCGGCGGGAACCCUAACAAACGAACGCACCAUAGCACGACCGAGACGAGCACUACAGCCAACAACAUUUCACAACUUUACGCAGAAAGACUCUGACGUGUUCAUAUAUAACAAACGGAACCUAGAAAGGGCAGUGGAGGAUAGAGAGAGAGAAAUGAGAAUUGAGAGUGAAGGAUCUACCUGGAAUGGACGCACAACCAUGUACAAUGUCAGGAAAUCUAAAGACAAGGUCAUGGCCAGCCUGCUGAGGGAUGAGAGGAUCAAAGAGUUCGACGUGAUUGCAAUACAAGAACCGUGGCGGAACAAUUUCACCAACACAACGCACUACCCACGACCUCAAUCCUUCGACCUGGUGUACUUGGACGACCCAGGCACCCGGACGUGCAUGUUUAUAAACCGAAGAAUACCGCGCGGCAGAUGGACCGCAACUACCCCCUCUCCUGACUUCUGUACUGUCUCCAUCCAGUGCACCGAGGCGCCCGAGGACACAAUCCAUAUCCACAACCUCUACAAUCCGGAGACCAGCACAGGGAACAGCACCAUCCCCCUCCUGCGCAGAACGAUAACCGAAGCCAACAGUGAGAAACAAAUCGUGGUUGGGGACUUCAACCUCCACCACCCACUCUGGGGAGGCACAGGCAGCGACCGGGACGCUGAGGCGGAGGAGUUGGUCACACUCAUGGCCGACCAACAACUGGAACUCCUGAUCCCACAGGGCACCGUCACGUACGAUGAACACAAUAGACAAACCACGAUCGAUCUCGCUCUCGGUACACCGUGGAUUCACGAGAGGAAGGCCUACUGCGGGCUCAGGGAAGAUCUCGACCACCAAUCGGACCAUCAACCAAUCGCCAUAACAAUCAUGACAGCGGUUGAAACAUGCGACCCGCCCGACCAAUGGCAAUGGCAACGGACGAACACACAAACACUGGAGCUAGAACUCCAGAGGAACCUACCCCACCCGACCGUCUUGGACUCAGAGGCGUCGGUGGACCACCGAGUGCAAGGGCUAGUUCACGCCAUUACAAGGGCCAUCGAUGCCUCCACACCGAAGGCCAAACCAAGCGACCGUUCGAUCCCUGGGUGGACGCAGGAGUGCAAGGAAGCACAGAGGACAGCGAGGCGCCUUCGAAGACGAUAUCAGAGGACGCGCCUCGAGAGCGAUUGGGAGGCAUACUGCCAGGCCAGGAACUACAAAGGGAGACUCAUCAAAAAGACACUCCGCGACGCUUACCGAGCAAGGGUCAGGGAGAUGAGCGAUUCACCACACGGGCUAUGGAGGCUGGCGAGAUGGGCCCGCAGGCGAGGGACAAGGCAGGCGUUCACGCCACCUCUGCGCCGAAGCGACAACGACCUGGAGCACGACCACCAAGCCAAGGCAAACUUAUUCAAAGAGACGUUCUUCCCACCCCAACCUGAUGUGGAUCUGUCCGACACUGCAAACCAAAGGUACAGCGACCAACUUACCCCCCCUCCUAUCACAGAACAGGAGAUAACUCGAGCAAUCGGAUCCAUGGCCGCCAAGAAAGCACCGGGACAGGACGGCAUCCCGGCACACAUACUACAACUACUGCUCCCCUACCUGACACCCCAUCUACUACAGAUCUACAACGCAUCCCUGGACCUACAAUACUGCCCGGCGCACUUCAGACAAUCCAAGACGGUGGUGCUACCCAAGCCCAACAAAAAGGACCGGUCGGAGGUGAAAUCGUACCGCCCGAUAGCCUUGCUGAACACCCUUGGUAAAGCCUUGGAGUCCAUCCUGGCAACAAGGAUCUCUCAGGCGGUCGAAGAACACCAGCUCCUCCCACACACGCAUGUAGGGGGAAGAAAGGGAAUGUCAACGGAACACGCGCUUCAUGGACUGAUGGAGCUGGUCUAUCAGUCUUGGGACAACGAUCAGGUAGCCAGCCUCCUCCUUCUGGAUGUAACAGGCGCCUUUGAUCAUGUCUCUCACCCCAGGCUUCUGCACAACCUGCGCAAGAGAAGGAUGGAUGAAAGAAUAGUCGGAUGGGUAGCGAGCUUUCUACGAAACAGGACAACUACUAUACAGCUCCGGGAGUGCACAACAGAACCUCUCCAUGUGGAGACCGGGAUCCCACAGGGUUCCCCGAUCUCGCCAGUGCUCUACCUCUUCUACAACGCUGACAUCCUGGAGGAUGCGCCUCUCCGGGUUACCGGAGCAGCGGCCGGAGGUUGGAUCGACGACAUCUACUUCUUCACCAGCAGCUGCACCACCGACGAGAACUGUAGGAAGUUGGCAAGAAUGCACGAACGGGCGGAGGCAUGGUCGGCCACGCACGGAUCAAAAUUCGACCUCAAAAAAUACCAAUUCAUCCACCUCACGCGAAGUCCAAGGAGAUACGAUGUACAACGGGCCUUGACCAUAUCAGACCUAACGAUUGCUCCGGCGAAAGAAGUCCGCUACUUGGGUGUCAUGUUGGACCAGCAGCUUCGAUGGGGCCCUCAGAUACGGCAUAUUGAAAAUACGACGUCACAAACGCUAAAUGCGUUGAGGUCCCUGGCAGGCUCAACGUGGGGGUCAGCGUUGGUUACGCUGCGGCAGGCGUACCUGGCCAUAGUGGUCCCACAGAUCACGUAUGCUUGUUCCGUGUGGCAUACGCCACGAGGCGAAAGAGGGCUCACAGAAAAGAUGCGGACGACCCUUGACAGGAUUCAGCGAGAAGGAGCAAGGAUCGUAGGAGGGGCAUACCGAGCAGCGUCGGGUGCGGCCCUGGACGUCGAGCUCUUCAUAAAGCCCCUGCGUCUGCAGCUGGAGGAGCGGGCACAUGACGCAGCACUGAACAUCCUCACCGACAACCGGUUCCAGAACGAAGACGACAACGGCACCUCAGCAUGGACCCCACCGAUACGCGGAGACUCCCUCAUCAGCCCACUAACGCGCCUCUACAACAGCCUCGAGACAACACUGGGAGAAGGAGCGGUCAGUCACCUGGAGUCGCGGAUCCCAUUCCCGGUAAAGCCGUGGUGGAGAGCGCCCACGGUCACUAUCGCGGAAGAUCGAGAAGCGGCGGAACGACUGCACACACACAUUAUCAGCGGAGCCGAUCCACCACUAGCAGUCUACACUGACGGUAGCGGCAUCCACGGGAAAGUGGGGGCUGCUGCAUUGGCGCCGCCGAUCCACACCCAAGAACUCGCUUAUCUCGGCAAGGAAACGACUGCCACCGUGUAUGCAGCCGAGCUUCUUGGCAUUCUCAUGGGCCUAAACCUAAUCCUAACGUCAGACCGGCGCAGAGCAGCGAUCUUCACGGACAACCAGGCAGCCCUGAGGGCUCUCCAAAACCCCAGAAGAUCAUCCGGCCAAUCCAUACUUCGGAGGAUCAUAGAUGCUCUAGAGAGGGUCCGCUCCCAGGGCCUUCAGGUGGAAUUCUACUGGAUCCCGGCGCACCAAGGGAUCGAAGGUAAUGAAUUGGCGGACAAGCUCGCAAAGGAAGCGACGGGCUGCAGACAACAACGAGGCAGAAGAGGGAGGAUGAUCACAGUGGACACUGAUGACACCGCAGCUACACCUGACUUCCUAAGACACCUGAUAUCCGCAGCCAAGUCGGAAAUUCACCGCCAGACCCAGGUACAGUGGGAGCGGGACUGGGAGAACGAGUCAUCGGGGCGAGCCACCUACGCGCUCACACCCGCACCAAGCCCCACGGUCCUCCAUCUACACCACUCCUUACACAAGGCCCUCAGUUCAACCAUCGUACAGAUGCGCACCGGCAAGAUUGGACUACGACAAUUCCUAUAUGAAAGAAAGGUGCCAGAGAUCACUGACACCCUAUGCGAAUGCGGUGGCGGAAAUCAAACAGUACGGCACGUCCUAUUAGCGUGCCCUAGGUUUAACAACCUCAGAACGGAAAACGGGGAAGGAAGGGGGGAAAGGUUGGAUCUCAAGGAGAUCUUGACGACGCCUAAGCUAGCUAAGAAGGCUGCAAGAUUUAUGAUCUUAACUAGACUCCUCGGGCAAUAUGGAGCAAUUACGGAGGACAAAAUACGAUAA